CUAGAGGAGCGGUCGAAAAAAACAGCUGUAUGAACGCCCACAAUGCAAUUCGUCGCCGCAAUUUACGGGUUGGCGCUUUGAUUUUUUCUACUUCUUCUUCUUCGUCAUAUAUAUAAAUAUUUGAUAGAGCGCGUCCGCGAUGUCUACGCGCAAUAAACCAGGACUUAUGGUUGUUUAAUAGUAAUAUGCACCCCAGCAGCACGGCGGACACACGGCCACGACCGGACCAGCCUCAAAAUGAGCACCGGCUUCAGCUCCAACUCCUGCCGGUUCGCGGACUACUUCGUUAUCUGCGGACUCGACACCGAAAGCGGACUGGAACCAGACGAGCUGUCCGGUGAGAAUUUUGAGCAGAGUCCCCUGCGGAGAACGUUUAAAUCCAAAGUUCUCGCCCAUUACCCCGAGAAUGUGGAGUGGAGUCCGUUCGACCAGGAUGCAGUGGGCAUGCUUUGCAUGCCCAAGGGCCUGUCUUUCCGCACUCAGGCAGACGUACGCGAGCCCCAGUUCCAUUCGUUCAUCAUCACACGCGAGGACGGCUCGCGCACCUAUGGCUUUGCUCUCACCUUCUAUGAGGAAGUGACCAGCAAGCAGAUCUGCAGUGCCAUGCAAACGCUCUACCACAUGCACAAUGCCGAGCAGCAGCACGAUGCCCAGCCGCGCCUGCAGCGCUUCGACUCUUAUGACAUCGGUCGCGACACACUUUUUGUGUCCAAAUGCAUCUGCUUGAUGGCACCCAUGGCCUUCACACAGGCGAGUCGCAAAAUCCUCAAGCAACUGCACCAGGCUGUGACGUCUCCACAACCGCCACCGCUGCCACUCGACAGCUACGUGUACAACAUCUUGUAUGAGGUGCCACUGCCACCCGCUGGUCGUUCGCUCAAAUUCUCAGGCGUCUACGCGGCUGUUGUGUGCCAGCGACCCAGCUCUGCCGAGCUGCCGCUCUUCGACUUCCCCAUACGGGAGGUUAUCGAGCUGCUCGGUGUCGAGAACAUGCUGCAGCUCUUCACCUGUGCUCUACUCGAGAUCCAGAUCCUGCUCUACUCACAGCAUUACCAGCGGCUGAUGACCGUAGCCGAGAGCAUCACGGCUUUAAUGUUCCCUUUCCAGUGGCAGCAUGUCUACGUGCCCAUCUUACCCGCCUCGCUGCUGCACUUCCUAGACGCGCCAGUGCCUUACCUUAUGGGCCUUCACUCCAACGGCCAGGACGACCGCACCAAGCUGGAACUGCCUCAGGAGGCCAAUCUGUGCUUCGUCGACAUUGACAACCACUUUAUUGAGCUUCCUGAAGAUUUGCCUCAGUUUCCCAACAAAUUGGAGUUCAUCCAGGAGAUCUCAGAAGUUCUGAUGGCAUUCGGUGUGUCUCCAGAAGGAAACGUGCACUGCAGCGAAGGACCAAGCAAGCUAAAGGGCUUCCGGGCAGCGGACAUGGCUUCCGACAAACGUAACGGGAACCUGGCCAGCUCUCCGCUGAACUCCUACCUGCUGAGGGAGAACGAGACUAUCGCACGGCUACAGGCCCUGGUCAAAAGAACCGGAGUCAGCCUGGAGAAGCUGGAUGUAAAAGAGGACUCGGGCACUAAUAAGGAUAUGAAGAUGCAGUGUGAUGAAGAGGAACUGAAGAUGCACCAGCUGAACAUUCAAGUGAGGGAGGUUUUCGCCAACCGUUUUACACAGAUGUUUGCAGACUAUGAGGUCUUUGUCAUCCAGCCCAGCCAGGACAAAGAAUCCUGGUUUAGUAACCGGGACCAGAUGCAGAACUUUGACAAGGCCUCCUUCCUGUCAGACCAGCCAGAACCCUACCUACCUUUCCUGUCACGCUUCCUGGAGACGCAGAUGUUUGCCUCUUUUAUCGACAGCAAGAUCUUAUACCACGAUGAUGAAGACAAAGAGCACACGCUGCGAGUGUUCGACAGUCGUGUGGAGAAGGUGCGGUUGUUGAACGUCCGGACGCCGACCCUGCGCACCUCCAUGUACCAGAAAUGCACCAACAUUGAUGAAGCAGAAAAGGCUAUCGAGAUGCGGCUAGUAAAGAUUGACCACACGGCUGUGCACCCACACCUGCUGGACAUGAAGAUUGGACAGGGUCGUUACGAGCAGGGCUUCUUCCCCCGACUACAGUCUGACGUGCUGGCCACCGGACCCACCAGCAACAAGUGGACUAAACGCAGUGCUCCUGCACAGUGGAGAAGGAGGGACAGACAGAAGCAGCAUGCAGAGCACCUUUACCUGGACAAUGACCAGCGUGAGAAGUACAUCCAGGAGGCUCGUAACCUUGGCACCACCAUCCGCCAGCCCAAACUGUCCAACCUGUCCCCCUCUGUCAUCGCUCAGACCAACUGGAAGUUUGUGGAGGGUUUACUGAAAGAAUGCAGAAAUAAGACAAAGCGCAUGCUGGUGGAAAAGAUGGGCAGGGAAGCAGUGGAGCUUGGUCAUGGUGAGGUCAGCAUCACCGGCGUGGAAGAGAACACACUCAUUGCUAGCCUGUGUGAUCUGCUGGAGAGAAUCUGGAGCCAUGGGCUGCAGGUUAAACAGGGGAAGUCUGCCUUGUGGUCACACCUGCUGCAUUAUCAGGAGAGCAAAGAGAAGAGAGAUGCCACACCAGCCGGCUUAGGGCCUCCUGGUCUCAUUCAUGACACAGAAAGGCGGAAAUCAGAUGCCAGCUUCGCACUGCCGCCUCUUAAAAUCUCUUUGAUUGAGGACAUGAGGCACAUUCGGAACAUGGGAGAGAUUAAGACAGAUGUAGGGAAGGCCAGAGCCUGGGUGCGUCUCUCAAUGGAGAAGAAACUGCUGUCCAGACACCUCAAGCAGCUCCUGUCUGAUCACGAACUCACCAAGAAGCUCUAUAAGCGCUACGCCUUUCUGCGCUGCGAUGAUGAGAAGGAACAAUUUCUUUAUCAUUUGCUGUCUUUCAACGCCGUCGAUUACUUCUGCUUCACAAAUGUCUUCACCACAAUAAUGAUGCCAUAUCAUGUGGUAGUCAUUCCUAGUAAGAAGCUGGGUGGCUCCAUGUUCACAGCUAACCCCUGGGUGUGUGUGUCCGGUGAGCUGGCUGAAACCGGCGUACUCCAGGUGCCAAAAAACACCCUGGAGAUCACAUUUGAGUGUCAGAAUCUGGGCAAGUUGACCACAGUGCAGAUGGGCCAUGAUAACUCUGGACUGUACGCCAAGUGGCUGGUGGAGUGCGUUCUGGUCCGAAAUGGGAUCACAGGACACACUUACAAGUUUCCAUGUGGCCGCUGGCUAGGAAAAGGCGUAGAUGACGGCAGUUUGGAGAGGAUUCUAGUCGGAGAGUUGGUCACUGCAGGCUCAGAGAAUGAUGACAGAAUGUGUCGCACUCCUCCCAUGCAACAGUCGCCCGGGAUGAUGCGCAGAUUCGUUACCAUCUCACCAAACAGCAAACCAAAACUGAACACAGGGCAAAUCCAGGAGGGGGUCGGAGAGGCAAUUAAUGGAAUUGUAAAACACUUCCAUAAACCAGAGAAAGAGAGAGGAAGUUUGACUCUCCUCCUCUGCGGGGAGUAUGGUCUGGUCUGGGCUCUUGAGCAGGUGUUCCAGCAUGGCUUCAAGUCACCGCGUCUUUUUAAGAACGUCUUUAUUUGGGAUUUUCUUGAAAAGGCGCAGAUUUAUUUCGAAAGUGCUGAGCAGAGUCAGGUAACUCAGGAUGAAAACUAUCAGACAAGGGUGCGCCAUUUUUGCCGUUUUAUGCGCGCCAUCAGCAGCACCACCAGAAACAUCGGCAAAGAUGGAAAAUUCCAGAUGCUUGUGUGCCUCGGAGCCAGAGAUCAUUUGCUUCACCACUGGAUAGCUCUACUGGCUGAUUGUCCCAUCACUUCACAGAUGUACGAGGACAUGGCACUGCUAAAAGACCGAUCUCUAGUGAACUCUUUGAUCAGAGUGUUACAGACUUUGCAAGAAUUCAACAUUACUCUGGAGGCCUCUCUCGUCAAAGGGAUUGGAAUAUAAAACCUUGCCCUCCUGCUCCUCCUCCUCCUCUGAAGAAGAAAGACAUAAUCCAGGCAGAUCAGCGGGGACCAUGGACUGUUUUGCAUUUGUUUGGUUUUUUUGUUUGUUUUUAACAUGAAGAGACUU